AAAUUAAAAAAAAAUAUAUAUAUAUAAAAAUAAAAAAAGAAAAACCGCCUUCGUAUCGAUCUCGUCAACGCGACCCGUUGAUGAUUUCAUAUCUGGAUGCCUCUCGCUUUCUGGUUCUCGGCUGUUAUUCAUUAGAUUUCCCAAACCCUAAAGCAUUCAUUUCCGUUUCGACCCAUUCAUCUAGCAAGAACCUCCUCCUCUUUCCUCAAUCCAAUUUGCUUUUAGCUCCUUCAAUUAUUGAUUGAUUGGUGCAAAGGACGAAUAGGGGGAGAAAUAAAACGGCCAUAGAAAGAAAUAGAUGAUGAGAAAGGAGGAGGAUUUGGUUUUCUUUUGAACGCGGAAAAGAUAAUAGAAGUGGGGAUGAAUCUGAGGGCGCAUGCUGUACAACAAAAUAUUCAGGCCGAAUGUGAAGACGAACAGAUGGUAGAUGGACCCUCUUCAUAUACUGUUGAUGAAGCACUCUUGUCCAUGGGCUUCGGUUACUUUCAAGCCCUUGUUCUUGCUUAUGCUGGUAUGGGUUGGAUUUCAGAGGCAAUGGAAGUAAUGCUUCUCUCAUUUGUUGGGCCAGCUGUUCAAAUUGAGUGGAAGCUUUCUUCUCAUGAUGAGAGCAUGAUCUCAAGCGUCGUUUUUGCUGGCAUGCUAAUUGGAGCCUCAUCUUGCGGCAUAGUCUCAGACGCUUAUGGUAGGAAGAAGGGAUUCCUCUUUACAGCUAUUGCUACCAGUGUGGCCGGUUUGCUUAGUGCAUUCUCUCCCAACUACAUUUCUUUAAUUAUUCUUCGUUUUGUGGUCGGCAUUGGACUUGGAGGGGGACCUGUUGUUGCUUCAUGGUUUCUGGAGUUCAUUCCUGCACCAAAUAGAGGUACAUGGAUGGUAGUCUUUUCAGGUUUUUGGACUGUUGGCACAAUCUUGGAGGCUUUGCUUGCAUGGGCUGUUAUGCCAACUUUGGGUUGGAGGUGGCUACUAGGAUUGUCUUCAUUGCCAUCAUUUCUUAUGCUAUUAUUUUAUGGUGUUACUCCUGAGUCACCUAGGUAUCUCUGUAUGAAAGGCUUUAAAUCUGAUGCGAUGCACAUUUUAGAGCAGAUGGCCAAAGUUAACAGUGUGGCUCUCCCAUCUGGCGUACUUAUUUCCGAUUGUAAUGUUGAGCUGGAAGAAAGUCCUGAUCCAUCUGAAGGAAUACGCUUAAUUACAGUUCCCGAUCCAUCUGAAGGAACACACUUAGUUACAGUUUCCAACCAAAAUAUCACCACUGACAAGGAAACCCAGGUUGGAGCCAUCGGUAUAUUGUUUAGGCUUCUUUCCCCAAAAUUUAUCAAAUCAACCCUUCUUCUGUGGAUGGUUUUCUUUGGUAAUGCAUUUUCGUAUUAUGGGGUGGUCUUGCUAACUUCUGCAUUGAGUAAUCGGAACACUGAUUGCACAUCGAAGUUGUAUUCAGACCAUUCAGGGGUCCUAUAUAAAGAUGUAUUUAUCACUAGUUUAGCCGAGAUUCCUGGGCUUAUUUUAUCAGCUGCGAUUGUAGAUAGAGUUGGUCGAAAGAUGUCAAUGGCAACUAUGCUUUUCAUUAGUUGCAUUUUCUUGGUCCCGCUUCUAUUUCAUCAGAAAGAAGUAUUGACAACAGCACUUCUGUUCGGUGCUCGGAUGUGCAUUUCAGGAAGCUUCACUAUUGUCUAUAUAUAUGCUCCAGAGGUAUACCCAACCUCAGUGAGGAGUAGCGGCGUGGGGAUUGCGAGCGCCGUUGGAAGAGUGGGUGGAAUCUUAUGCCCCCUUGUAGCCGUCAGCCUGAUUAAGCGCUGUCAUCAGACUACAGCAGUUAUUUUGUUUGAGCUUGUUGUAUUUUCCUCUGGAAUGGCUGUCUGUUUCUUCCCCUUUGAAACAAGCGGCCGUGAGUUGAGCGACUCUAUUUAGCAGUUUGAAGUAUAAAUGGAACCGUCUUUUGAUUAGACAAACCGAUGCACAUUGGUAAUUAUUUGACCACAUUAUUUA